GGGCAGGGCCGCGCCUCCCUGCCCGGCAGGAGGUGGGACCAGCCCCGGCGCUGCCGCCCGCCUCCUCCCUCUCUCCCUCCCUCCCUCUCUCGCUCCCGAGGGUUGAGCCAUUCCGGGAAGGCGCCGGCUCCCCCAUCGCUCCUCGGCAGCGCUGCACCGGCAUCGGCCGCCGUCGCGCCGGGCUCGGCCCCACGUCGCCGCGGGGCUGCGGACGAUCUGCGGCGGAGCGGAGCAGCGGCCGCGGCGGCGGGUGCGGAGUGCCCGGUCUCCCGCGGCGGGGAGCGGCUGGGAGCGGCGGGCGGCGGGGGGGCGGGAGGACAAGUGGACGGAGCGCCCGGUAACGGGGGGGCCGGCCGCCGCGUAGUUGUUUUGUCCGCGGUAAGUUGACCGAUCCUUUGGGGAGGCUUCACUUGGAAGCGGGUAGCGCUCGUCUCCCGGCUUCCUGCCGCCCCCAGCCCCCUUGGAGGGGGUGUCUUUUUUUUUUUUUUUUUUCAUUCUUCCCCCCCAUCCUUUUAUUUUUUUUUUUUUAAUUAUUAUUAUGGGGUCUGUGGGAGAGCAGAUCUUCCAGUCAGACGUUGCUCUUCUUCCUUGUCCAACGCUCAGCGGAGAACUAUAAUAUUUUUUCUCUGAGAUACUGCAGUGAAUUUUAGUUCCAAGAAAUCAGGCGAACAAAAUAAUCUGAAUAACCCGAACCAUUUGUUAACGUGUGAGAGCAAACGCUGCCUAGGUACAGAUGAUGGCAAAGAAUUCCUUGGAAGGGUCUAAAGAAGACCUAAGCAAAAUUUCAGAAGAGGAGAUGCUGAGGUGGAGCAAGGAAGAGCUGGUGAAAAGACUGAGAAAAGUGGAGAAUGAAAAGAUGAACUUAAUGGUGGAACACGGCAACUUAAUGAAGGACGUGAACCGGCGGCUGCAGCUCCACCUGCACGAGAUCCGCGGGCUGAAGGAGGUGAACCAGAAGUUGCAAGACGACAACCAGGAGCUGAGGGAGCUCUGCUGCUUCUUGGAUGAUGACCGGCAGAAAGGCAAGAAGCUAUCGAGGGAAUGGCAGCGUUUCGGGAGGCACACGGCCAGCGUGAUGUGGAAGGAGGUGGGCAUGUACCAGCAGAAGCUGAAGGACCUGGAGGCGAGGCAGGAGACCCUUCUGAGGGAGAAUGUGGAGCUGAAGGAAAUGGUGCUCAUGCUGGACGAGGAGCGGAGUGGGGCUGGCUCGCGGAGCUCCAUCGACAGCCAGGCCAGCCUGACCAACCUCAACGGUGGCUCGGCCACCAGGGACGUGGGGGACGGGAGCAGCACCUCCAGCACGGGCAGCGCGGGCAGCCCCGACCACCACCACCACCACCUCCACCACCAUAAGGCCGGCGACAGCAAGGCUGGGGCCAUGCGGAGGUCUAUGGAUGACCUGUCUGCACCCCUUCACCACCGGAGCAUCCCCAACGGCCUAAACGAUUCGUCUUCCAACUAUAUCAGGCAACUUGAAACAAAAGUGAAAUUGCUGGAGGAUGACAACAAGCUUCUUUCCCAGCUGGCUCACAACAGCUUGCCACGAAAUUUCAGUAAGCAGUCCAGCACGGGGGACCUGAGGACUCUGAGGAAAGGGUUGUCCCCGUACCACUCCGAGUCACAGCUCUCCUCGCUGCCACAGUAUCAAGACACCCUACAAAACGGACCAGGUCGCAUGACAUCUGAUCUUGCAUCUUCCCCUGCAGCAGGAUAUGUCCCUGUUGGUCAGAAGCCAGAGGCUGUUGUGCACGCUAUGAAGGUCCUUGAGGUGCAUGAAAAUUUGGACAGGCAGAUGCAAGACAACUAUGAAGAAGACCUGAGUGAAAAGGAGAAGGCGAUUGUUCGUGAAAUGUGCAAUGUUGUCUGGCGAAAGCUGGGUGAUGCUGCGAGCUCCAAACCCUCCAUCAGGCAACAUCUUUCGGGAAACCAGUUCAAGGGUCCCUUGUAGGAACACUGUCCUGGAGGCUGGAAAUGAUGGAUUCUGCGAAGACCACAGAGGCAGAGCUCAGCGUUUCUGGCUGCCUGUUGUUUAGGAGUUGGGCUUGAGGUGUUUUCAGGGUUUCCUUUUUUUUUGGCUUUUUUUGUAACAAUAGUGUAAAUAUGGCAGCUAAAGGCCUGAUUCCCAGGCUGUGGUGCUCUGGAACUACUGUUCAAUGGGUAACCAUCCAAUAAUGCCAGACUUGCAUAAUUUCUAUUGUAGUUCAAACCUGCUUUGUUGUAAUGGUCUGUUUGUAGAAUUAACUAACUUGAGAGAAUUUUUAAGAGGAACAAGAAGAACCCUUAACCUGUGGAGGUCACAGUUUGUAUCGCUCCUGUCCACCCAGUUGUCAAUGAUUCACAGCUGCAUUGGCGGCUCCAGGCAGCACCAAGGAAAGAGCAAUUUGAAUUUGUUGGCUUACUGCCUGCCAGGCUCUGGAGUUGCUAACCCUUCUUUUGGAGGCCCUUAUUCUGAAGAAUCACAUGUGACUGUUUUCACAAGGCGCUGUGUACGAUAUUGAGUGGUGAGCUAAAACCACCGGUACCACUCUGUACCUCACGUGGUGGCACUCAUCAUACAAACGAACAGAAAGGCUUGAGACUCCGUAUCAGCUGUUAAUGAACUAUUUUUAAUGAACAAAUGACACAAGAUUUCUGCAGUCGUAAUGUGAAUGAACUGAAGUCACUUAGCCACACGCCAGUAUUCCCUUUUCUUAUAAAGCUUUCACUACAAAAUUAUUCAGCGGAAACUGCCAUCAUCACAGUGCUUAUGGCUUUCACAGGAUCUUCGAGAGCAGCUCAUCUUUCACAUAAGGAAGAUUUGGGUAUUUUUAAUGUUCUUGCUGGAUGCCUCACCUAUACUGGUUCCUGUGUAAGGUAAUCAAACAACAACCUUGCAGAGCUGAAUAAAAUCUCCACAAACACAGGCUGUUGGGUGAGACUACUUCCUGCCAUUCAAGCUUUAUUUUUGUUAAUGAACCAAAACAAGCAGGUUUUUUCUUCUUCUGCUGGUUGUAUAUAAAACAACAGGACUCAUAUUUUGCUGUUGUGGAGUAGCUGCUUGUAUAGUUGUAAGAACUUGAUCCCUUCUUUUCCAAGUUGUCACAGCAGCUGUCCCUCUAUUUUAUUAGAUGUUCUUUCCCAAUAGUCCAAGGAAGUGGGGCUUGGUUAUUAAAAUAAUUGGUGUAAAAUAAUUUUAGAGACAGGCAUGUGAAAAGAUCAAAGCCUCCUUUUCAAAAGUUGCAUCGAUUUUAGUGAUUAGUUCAAAGAUUUAAUGACCUCAAGCUCCAUCACUCCCUUUAUUCUCCACAAGAAUCAGUCACAGCUAUAGACAGCUGAAUUAGCUGGACAGGUUCUUCCUCUUGAAUUAAUUUGUUCUACCAGUUGAGUUCUUGACUUGUGAUAUUGUAUUAACGGGGAGCGCUGAUACAAUACCAACGAGCUCAUGCUGCAAGUUAUGAAAGGUAAUUGGUCCCAUGGUAUACGAUAACAUAGCUGCCUGGAUAAAGAAUUUGGAGUGUCAGAGCUGAGAUCUAUAACCAGUAAAAAAACAGAGAAGGGAUACAACCCAAAUACUACAUAGGAACCAGUAAGAGUAAGCACCACUUCAUUGUUAAUUGCAGAAGCAGAAAAAUACCAGUCUAGAUGAGUAAGUUAUUUACACAAAAAAACCACAAAAACCACCCCAAAACACACACCAGUGGUUUAUUUCUUACUACUGCUCAGUCAGCAAACGCUGAGCUAGCUCACUCUAAUAUUUAUAUCCAAUGUGUCUGGAAAGACCCCGCCUAGUGUCUGUCUCCAUUAAAACACGGCAUCUUUAGAAGAUUCCAGAUUUCCUCCUCUUUGCUUUUUGUUUUGACCUCGUGUUUCUAGGCACCCAUUGGCUACUUGUCUUCCUGUACAAUUUAUAUGUUGAGAUUUUCAUACCAGAAAAGGUGAUGUAAAGCAGAGGCAUCAUUCUUCCUUAACAUCUGAUGUCAAAAAGAGGGUUAAAUCUAUCUGCUUGGAAAGCCUGUGUUAAUUUUGGUGGCAUCUGAUGACUGGGUUAAGCAGAGAAUUUAAGCAUGUUUGGAACAAAGUUAAUUUACAUUAGUGAAUUUUAACUAAAGCAAUGCAAAUGUUGCCAGCACUUGUAGAGAGUUGUCUUGAUGACGUGCUUGCUAUUUUAGGAGCGUAUUAGACUAGCAGGUCCUCUCAACAAGAGCUUUACUAAUCAGAUUACUAGUCUCACCAGCUAUGUAAUUCUUUUUCAGGUAUUCCAUGCUAUCAAAUCUCUCUCAAAAUCUACCCAAUGACUUCAGACAAAGCUCAUUUUUUUCCACCUAAAAGGGCAACAGUGCUGCAACUGAGGCCCAUCAGGGCUGCAAAUCCUAAAGAGCCAGUUUGUAGAGUAGCCGGUAGGUGAGCUGAACAGUCUUGAUACUUGUAGGGUCUAUCCCAUUUCUUUAAGAUUCCAAUUUGCAGCAUAAAUCUUCAAUCUAAGAUGUGCAUCACUGAUUUCACAGAACAUGAGAGUGCUGUACAUUGGGGUGCUCUUGUUUGGGGGUUUUUAGGCUUGCUACUCUUCAUCCUUAGCUCCACUUGAGCUUUCAAGUGUCUUCCUGGGGUAAAAUGACACUCAAAGACUUUACGGGAUGAACUGCGUGCUGAAUUCUCAGUUGUCUAAAAAGAUGUUUUAUACACAUAUUUAAAUUCACUUACCUACGCACUAAGUCUUCAGUGGAAACCACCCAAAGAGAUUUGUACAUUGAUUUAGAAGGGAACAUCCCCUGAAAUAGCGGCCAUUAAAUUGAUAUAUUUGGGGCAACAAUCCAAGUAAUCUCUUUAAGAGUGAAGUCCUGGCUUCUGCAAUCCUCUGGCAAAAAAAGCAUCCACUGUUUACAAAUGGACUUUGCUUGCUUAAGGGAAGUAAAAUCACAUCCUUCACUUUUGUUGGAGCGACUGAAGUGGAUGGCAUUUCCGUAACAGUUCCUGAAAUGCUGUGGUGUAACCAGCUUCAGUUGGCUCUUUGCACCUUGAUGAGACUGCUGAGCACAAACCUUGUUUGAGAAUGGCACAUUUUUAUCCAAAUAUUAGAUACUAAAAUAAAUCAGUGUUAAAGUGACCUUUUAUCUUUUUAGAAACUGGGGGGGAAGAGUACUACUGAUCUUUUUCGAAGUGCAUGACUGUAAAGUGAUAAAAUUGUAUAUUUUUCAUAAUGUGGGGAAAGUCUAUUUGUGCUGCUUUAGAAAUCAGUUUAAAGUUUGAUUUCUGUUAAACCUGUGAUCUUACAGCCCUGCUAUAUUUUCUGUAUAUGAUUUACAAAGAACUGGAAAAGUUAGCACCUGCUGUUGUGUAUAUAGCAAAAUUCUUUAGACCUUAGCACGCGUUUUUACCUAUUAUUGAACCACUGGCUUUUUUGGGGAGGGAAAGUAAUAGUACAGAUUUUUUUGAUAAUGUGUGUAAAACAUUCAUUUGAAAUAUUUUAGUAAAAUGAAGUAAGAGAUUGUGAUAGUGUAUACUUCUAGUUGAAUAAAAUACAUUCUUUUUAAAUAAA